UUAUUUUGGUCUCUCAAUUAAACCGCUCAGAAAAGAAGAAAGUUCUCAAUUAAAACCCUCUCCUCUGCCAGCACAAUAUUUCAGUUUCAGAAUUCGCCCGAAUCUCACUCCAUUUUCCGUGACAACACAAUCAGAGAUGGAUCAUGCUAGGAACGGUGAUACAUUCGUUUUUCUCAAACGAAGAAUCACGGAGAUCGAUGAAACUCUCCAGCAACAACCCCAGUCUUCCUCCGACUACCCCUCUUCUAGUAUCGUUCUGGAAGAAUUAAAACCGUCGGAACUGCUUGUUUCUACUCCAAAAGAAGACCAAGAAAGCAUGCGUAACUCCCUCAUUUUCUUCAGGAAGGUCAAGUGUUCUGCCAAUGCCUCGGAGUGCACUAUUAGGGAAGCGCAAGAACUGGGUUUUGAAGAAAACGGAGAGAUGUCAUAUUCUGUGAGUGGCAGGGUCACUGUUAGUGAUAAUGAGUCUGGAUCUUGCGGAAGUCAAAGAAAGAUUGAGAAUUUCGGUUACGACGUCGAAAAAAAUGAGAAUUGUAAUGUGGGUUUAGUUUCUGAUGGUGGCCUAAAGAUAGAAGAGGUUGAAGACGGUGUCAAUGGUGUGAAGGAAGAGAAAGAUUGGAUGGAAAGUGAAGUGGGUUUCUCGGGAAUUCAAGAAUUUGGCAAUGAAGUCGUGUCAGGAGAGGAGAAAGCCGACGAAAAGGAGAAAUGUGAAGGAAAAGUUGAGAGGGAUUAUUCAGUGGAAAGUCACAAAGUGAAGGGUUGUGUUACUUCUUCAUUGGCUGCUCUUGCUGAAGAGGAGGAGUUAUUGGUAAGGACUGAAACAGAAUCAGGGAGUACUUUGAAAGCCAAAAAUAAGCAAGUUUUGACGGAACUCAAAGAAGGAUUAAUCUUUGAAAACAGAACCAAUCUUAAUAAAGUUACUGGUUCUGAGAGUAUCAGUGUCAAGAAUGGUGUAUACAAAGCAAUUGAGGUUACUGCUGGAUGUUCCAUCAAGAUUGAUGUAAUUGAUGGUACAGCAUUGAUUGAUGCAGUUCAAGUCCGAAAACGUGGUAAUGCCAAUGGAAAGAAUGUGGAAAGGAAUGGGAAGAAGAAUGAGAAACAAGAUGGGUUUGCCAAGAAGCCAAGAAGGCCACGAAAGAAGGCAAAAGAUUCCAAAAUGGGUUCAGAAAUGAGUGUGGGGCAAAGGAACAUGCCUCCUUUUGUGGAACCUCAGAAAGAUGGGAAUGAAAUAAAAAGAAUGCACUCCAGAGAGAAGAUGGAGGCCUUAAGGUUUGCUAAUAUCGUGGAACAGCACCUGGUGUGGAGAGAUAUUUACACUGGGCUUUCACCUGCUCUGGUGAAGGAGUAUGAUGAGUUGGCAAGAAUGAAGCAUCAGAAGAAUAUCCACUUGAAUUUCAAUUCUGGCCGACAUUUUGGAAGGAAAACAGAAGUCCCUGCAUUCCGCCGGGAAAUUGGUCCUCAAAACAUGGAUAAUGAAUUAAAAAACACUGAAGAAGAUGAAAUGGAAAAUUUAAAUGCCUGGGAUCCAAGUAGUACUCGCAUCAUUGAAGGUGAAGAUGCGUACAAUGAUGAUGAGGAAUACACUGAAGAUGAUGACAGUGAUGCAGAUUAUGCUAGCAUACAGAGACCUGCUUUCCUGGUAGAAGGAGAACCUGAUUUUGAUUCAGGGCCUCCAGAACAUGGAUUAGAAUAUCUAAGGCGUGUCAGGUGGGAAGCUGCAAACAUUCCAAAAGUAAAGGUGGCCAAACUUGACAGGAGUAAACUUAGUAAGGGGCAAAGCGUUUAUAUGCCCCAGAUUCCUGAUAUUGCCAACUGUGCUGGACACCUGCUGCCCUCAAAACAUUGGGAGGAUUCAUUUCUUGCUGAUUUUAACAAUCUACGACUGACUCUGUCCGAUCUCAAUGGUUCCAUUGCUAAAGUUUCUGGUAACCUGCAAUCUAUUCUUGAAGUGCAGAAGCAGCAACAAUCUGUUCAGCUACUCCCUGAGAGUGUUGCUCUCGAAAAAUUUAAGCACCUUAGUAUUAAGGAAGAUUCAGUGCACGAUUCCAUGCAAGUCAAACACAACAAUAAAUCAGGAGAAAAUAAUGCAGGGCAGGUUGAUCCUAUCCAUGAUUCCAGCAGCAACAAAUCAGGAAGAAACAAAACACUAUAA